AUGGAAGAUCUCAGCGUUGAAGUAGGACAUCCAAAUGGUUCCUACUACAAAGCAUACAUUAUUGAUGUGGAUGAAACUGGUGUUGAUAUUGCAUAUGAGCAAGACUUCUUCCCUCCAACAAAAAUUUUAUUUUCCGAGAAUCGUGUUCGACUUCCACCUGACUCAGUCGAUCUCAAAAAAUUAUCACCUGGUGAUCGAUGUGAAGUACUAUCUAAAACAAAAGAAGGUGAACCACUUGCUUGGUGGGCAGCUAUUGCCAAAAUGUUCAAAGGGGAGUUUUUUGUUGUCGAUUAUGAAGCUACUGCUCAAGGCAGCAACUAUUCGGAAAUUGUACCUAGUGAUAAAAUCCGUUGUCCAAAUACUAAUCCUCCAAUAACUUCUUCAACGUUUAAAAGAGUAGAAUUACCUGUUGGCAAAGACUUACAAGAAGUAUGUAGCAAUCCAGCGAAUCAUAAAGAUUUUAAAAGAACAACAGGUGCUGCCAUUGUUCGAUAUGAUAAACAAAAGGACUCUCUUGUAGUCAUCUCAGAUAAUGAUGCUACUAUUCAUCGUGCUCAAAUCUUAUCCGAUAUGCAUUUUCGAAAUUUACGUUCAAAAGCUAAACUUGUACAAGAAACUGAAAAAGUUUAUAAACAACUUGAACGUAUAAAGGUUAAUCAAACAGCAAAAUAUUUUGAAAAAUUUACUGUUAAAAAUGAAUUAAUGGGUCUUGCUAUUGGUGCACAUGGUACAAAUAUAUUAAAAGCUCGAGAAGUACCCGGUAUAACAGCUAUUGAAGUUGAAGAUGACUCUUGUACAAUAAAAGUAUUCGGUGAUACUGAAAAAGCUGUUAAAGAAGCACGUAAUAUACUUGAAUAUGUUGAAGAUACUGUAUCGAUUCCUAGAGAACUUAUUGGUAAAGUUAUUGGUAAAAAAGGUCAUAUUAUUCAAGAAAUCGUUGAUAAAAGUGGAGUUAUACGAGUUAAAAUUGAAGGCGAUAAUGAACAAUCAACAUCACCAGAUGAAAUUAAUUAUCCUAGUCAAGUUCCGUUUGUAUUUGUUGGUACAGUUGAAAGUAUUACUAAUGCCAAAGUUUUACUUGAUUAUCAUAUGGCUUGUUUAAAAGAAUUCGAUGAAUUACAAGAAAAAAAAAUCCAAGUCAGUGAACAAUUUCGUACUAUAAUUGGUCCACAACAAACUGCCGGAAUGAAUUCAACUAAUAAUAAUAUGCCUUAUCAAAGUGGACGUCAACAACGUUAUGAAUCGGAUCGAAUGAGUAACUCUGGUAAUACACGAAAUUAUCGUGAUACAGGUUAUCAACAACGUAAUGACAGUAAUAAUAAUACUCAACAAUCAUCACGUCGACCGAAUAAUUAUCCAACUGGUAGUGGUAAUCGUGGACGCCGUGGUCCAGGUCCACAUUCAUAUCGCGGUGGUACACAAAGUGAUGCUGGCACUGGUGAUGAAGCGAGUGAGUGUGGUGAUGCAUUAUCAUCAACAAUUAGUACCGGUCGAAAACAUCGGGACUGGGCAGCUCAGGUCGAAAGUGAACAACAACGUGAGACUGGUUAUAGUACUGAUAGUAUGAUACAGUUGAAUAAUUUACCGAGAGGUGCUGGUGGACGAGGAGGACGACGCGGUUGGAAACGUAGUAGACCACCAUUACCUGUUCAUAAAGGUUAUGGCGAUCGACGUCGAAAUAAUGAUAAUGAUAGUACUGUGUAUGACACUGAACAAACAAAUGAAGGUCAACAACAGUAUGACGAUCAGUAUUCUUCCCAACAUAAUAAUUAUAAUAAUCGAUAUGGUCUCGGUCGUGGUGGUCGUGGUUAUCGAAAUGGAAAAAAUCGAAAUAAUAUCAAUCAAGAUGAUUACUAUGAAGAUAAUUAUUACAGUAGCGGUCAAUCACAGCAACAACAACAAACAUCAACAUCAAGUCAACCUCAACAAAUAUCAUCAAAUAAUAAUGGACUCUAUUCAGGUGAUGGAGCAACAUCUGAAACAGUUAAUGGUAGUAGUUAUAAUGAUGAACCGAAAGCACAACGAAUGCCAAAACAACAACAACAACAACAACAAUUGAACGGUGUUAAAUAA